CCCCUGCCCACGUCAACGUCGACCAUGUCGAACACGGAUGUGCCGCCCGAGGCGCGCAACAGACUGGUCGGCGGACUUGCUGGUGUAGGAAGCGGUCUGACGAAGGUUGCUGUUGGGCAUGGGUUCGAUACCAUCAAGACGCGCGUACAAGUCGGGCAUUAUAAUAGCGCUUGGGAGGCUUUGCUCAAGACAGUAAAGAAUGAAGGCGUACUUGCGCUGUACAAGGGCGCGUCUCCGCCUGCGGUCGGGUGGUCUAUCAUUGACUCCGUGUUGAUGGGUAGUUUGCACGUGUACCGUCUUCACCUGCGCGAUGCCGGCUUUUCUGAACCUACACCGGGGUCUGGUAUCCCGCGCCUGACACUCUUCGGACAUGGCCUCGCAGGCCUAUUGGCCGGUACUACAAGUACUGUCGUUGCAACGCCAAUGGAGCAUAUCAAGGUCAAGCUACAGCUACAGCAAGAGCGGCGCGUGGCGGACAGGCAGUUCAAGGGCCCCAUCGAUUGUAUACGACAGAUCGUGCGUAUGCAGGGUAUCACUGGGCUCUGGUCGGGCUUCACGGGGACAGUUGUGAUGCGCACAAACUUUUUCUGGAUGUUCCUGUCCGUAGAAGCUUUCAUGCGCACGUUCUCGCGGUUUGAGCAAAUCAGCACGCCGACAGCAAACUUUUUGUCCGGUGGAUUCGCUUCCCUUGUUUUCUGGACACUGGGUAUUCCCGCGGACACUGUCAAGAAUCGUAUGAUGGCGUACCCUUACCCCGAACCAUACCCCACCUCUGCUUCUGCCGCGCUCAGGCGCCCUUCCUUCCUCUCCGUGGCACGGGACAUCUGGCGCAAUGACGGCCCUCGAGGCUUCUACCGCGGCUUGGGUCCCUGCAUCAUUCGCGCCUUUCCCGUCAAUGCAUGCGCCCUUCUGGUGUACGAGUCCAUAUUGCGCGGACUUGAUGCUGAGAAGACGCGGCAUUGAGCCUAGCACGGCGUAAACACUCGUGAAAGGUCGCUAGCGAUCUUUGCUUGGGAAAGUGCGAAGGGAGGGCUCACACAGCCGCAUGUCGCGGUUGUAGCAGCAACAUAGAUUGACUAACUCAUCUGAUUAUCAUCAUUCAAUGCGGUAUCGAAAUUAUACAGUUACUGAAUAUGCUCUAUGCGGAAUUAUGGGUUCUAGUGUAAGGUGAGGACGAUGGAAACAGACGGAUUAUACGGGGUACGGAGGGCCGAUACAGUAAAGACAUGAGAGCAUGUGAGAGUGGCAGAUGUGACAGCGAUAGUCUCGAUACA